AUAAAUCCCGCCCCCACACUGCAACGCCUGACUGGGUGAAGUCAUCCAGCCCGGAUCCUAGUCCCGCCUUUUGCUGGAUCCUCUUCACCGAUUGUUUACAAAAGCUGUCAAUGAUACGAGUAUGCCGCGGCUGAUUGGGUAGCUUCUCUGUCAUUCACAGCUAGUCAAGAACACGCUCCUCUUCCGGCACGGAUUUUUUUUCUCUCUUUAAGGAGUAGGAUUGUAGAUUGGGAGCGGUGAUGUUGGCAGAGAGAUGGGCCCAAUGAACUAUUGAUCCGAGCCCCGCGAAUCGUCGAGACAGCCUUUUCGAAAGUGACCACCCUGAGGUGAAUGUAGGAACCAUUAACUCCUUGUUGCCAUGACAACAGGUGACUGCUGUCAUCUUCCAGGAUCUCUUUGUGAUUGUACUGGCAGUGCCGCCUUUUCUAAGACGGUAACAGCGGCUGAUGCAGGGCGACCACAGUACAUCGCACAAGUAACGGCAAAAAAUGGACGCCUGCUGUCAACUGUCAUUAAGGCUCUAAGCACUCAAAGUGAUGGGCCAAUUUGCCGAAUAUGUCAUGAGGGCAGCAACAUGGAAGGCUUGCUUUCACCUUGUGAUUGCACUGGAACACUUGGGACAGUUCACAAAACUUGCCUGGAGCGAUGGCUUUCAUCUUCCAACACCAGCUACUGCGAACUUUGUCACACUGAGUUUGUAGUGGAGCGAAGGCCUAGACCUUUGAGAGAGUGGCUCAGAGAUCCAGGUCCCAGGAAUGAGAAGAGGACGUUAUUUUGUGACAUGAUUUGCUUUCUUUUCAUCACGCCAUUAGCAGCAAUCUCUGGCUGGCUUUGUUUGCGAGGAGCACAGGAUCAUCUACAAUUCAACAGCCGCCUGGAGGCAGUUGGACUCAUUGCACUCACUGUUGCACUUUUCACCAUCUAUGUCCUGUGGACACUGGUUUCCUUCCGUUAUCACUGCCAGCUCUACUCUGAAUGGCGAAGGACCAACCAAAAGGUCCGAUUGAUGGCUGCAGACCAUAACAGUGCUACUCAGCAUUCUCUCCUCUCAUCAAAGCUCAUAAGAAAAGAUUCCAGUGAAACAAUUGUGUGAAUUUAUUGGUAAAUAUCGAUAGAGAAAUGAAAACUCUCAAAAUUCACAUUUGUCCCCAAAAUGUGUAAAGUAACUCCAGCCAGCAUCAGCAAAACAACAGCAACUUGUUUAUUGGAAUACAUGCAAGAAAGAAACUUCAUUUGCAACACUCUCAGGAGCCACUAAAUAUGCAGCCAGCAUUUAAAUGCAAUUCUAAUGAACAGUGGGAUUAAAACAUCAUAUUUCCAUUAUACGAUUAGAUGGUGGUUAUUCUCCCAUUGUAAGGUUAAAGCUUAUGGAAUAGUAACAUGGAGUUUGAAAUUUUGACAAUCAUUUGUGCUAUCCUGCACAAAAUAACAGGGCAAAGAACAAAAGAAUGAGAUGUGUGUGUGAUCUGAACCUUCUUUGUUAUAAGAGGCAGCAACCAGCUGUGAACACAAAGUAAACCCUUGGCAUUGCACAGUAUUCAGCUAUUGGAUUGGUCAGCACUAAUUAUGUGAAGACCUGGGAGACCCUCCGAAUUUUAUUUUUGCUGAAUAUUAUUUUUAAAUAGCGAAGUGGCAAAGCAGACAUGCAAGCAUAAUUGGAAUUCAGCAAGUUAAAUGUGAACCUACAGGUCUGAGUAGUAUCCUUUUUUAAAUUUCUUUAGAAGAUGAGAUAGGAAAUACUCCACUGACCAGUGUACAUUAUCUAGCACUGGUCUUGUGCAUCACUGAUGUAUAACAACUUAAUGUCUCAAAAGUGGCAUAUAAUCACAUUCUAAUAUUGGUGUUGUGACAUUUUUUUAGUGGCAAUUAUCUCCUGACUUCAACAAAUUACACUCUUAUUGUCAAAUACUCUGCAUGUUUUUAAAAAUCACAUUUUUGCAAUAUAGUUAGCAACACUACAAUCAGUUUCCUGUACUUGUGACCACAGUGCAUAGUCAGAGAGCUUGGAAAUGUCACUAAAUGACAACUUUGAGAUAUAAUUUGUAAAAUUUAAAACAGUGAAAAUGUAUUCGGAAAAAGCUAGAGAAAACAAAAGUAAUCAAAAUGAAUAAGUGGAACCAUAGAAGUCAUAAAUCUUCAAAACCUGUAUGAGAAGUAAAAAACGCCUGGGCAAAUGUUGUUCAAAGCACUUAUUAUUUUUCAUUGCAGCUAAUUUGACAAAAUUUGGCUUGAAUUAAAACCUGUUAUACAAAACUUUAUUUGUUUUCCAAAUAUGAUGGGUUUGGAAGAGGUGUUCGCUUCCAAAAUUUAUCUUUCCCUUUUGAAGGUUAGCUGACUGCAGUAGAUGGAAGGACUUUUUGCUUUCUAGUCUGGUAGAGUAGAUUUCUGUUUCCUGCCUUUCUUCCAAGCCAUCCAUAAACAUUUGAUAAGUGAAAUAUCAAAAUAAUACUGUACAGUUUGUGAAAAUGUUUAAAGAGGGCUUAUAUUAUUAAAACUCGUUCAAUGUGUUUACCACCUUUUUUAUAGUUUUCAGAAUGUUUGUUUAGUUUUUAAUUGCAGAAUUCUUGGUGCACAAUUUAAGGGCUUUGUGCAAUUCCAAUGUGAUGUAAAGUUUAAAUGUAAGUUUAGGGAGACUGUAACUUUUAAAAAAAAUUUGUUAACUUCAGUAUUUCUCCUUCUGAUCAUUGAUUUUUAAAUUGAAAUUGAUGGUGAUAGAGCAAUGAGCACUGAUUGUGAUUAUACAGGUGAAAACUCUCAUUCGUCAUCACCUUUUUUCUUCCUUUGAGGAUAAUUAUUUUAUAGCAAUCCAUUAAUUUAUGAUUACACUUCUAUUGUUCAAUAUUUCUUAAACUGAGAUUCAGUCUGACACGUAAACAUAGUCGCCAUGUGUUCCAGUGCAUGAAGCUCCAUUUUCUUAUUAUCUGCACAAAAAAUGAAAAGCUGCCACAUUGCAUCCUCUGUAAUUUAUUGUCAAAGAAAACUAAACACUAUUUGCAUUCAUGAUUCUAUCACCACUUGCACAAGAAAGAGCAAAACUGAGAUAAAAAGAAAAGCUUUCAAGCUAAAACAAAGUGCAGAGAACGUUAGAAAUGCAUUUUGUUUUUGUUAGACUGCCUACAUUUCUGAAUUGUUGAAGUAAUGACAGAAUUUCAGUAAAACAAAAACAAAAUCCUAUUUGGCAAACGGUAAAUUACUAACGAGUAUGCCUUCAUCAUAUGUAAAUUUACAUGGAGUAUUUGUAUGAGCAGAUUGUAAACAGCCUUGUUCUGCAGUUUGAACUUUUAAUUAGAAAUUCUACAUAUCGAUAACUAUAUGCUUCCAAGCACAUCAAUUUGAUGCAAAAGAAAAUUGGCUUAAUAAACAUAACAUCAAUGUUUUAGCUAGCUUGCUAGCUAAGAGGAAAUAAAUAUCAUGCUUUUGUAAAAUUUUCAGGACAUUUGAAAGCACUUCACAGUCAAUGGAUUACUUUUGUAAUGCAGCCAUUUAUUAAACUUGAAAGUAAAUUAGCAGACAAUUUUUGUUCAAUAAGGUGCCAGUAUAAGCAAUGCAAUGAAUGAAUGCUCAAAAAAGUUUGGUUGUGGUUGAAGGAUGUAUGUUAACUAAGAGACUAGUGGAACUGCUGCUGCUCUUCAAAUAAUUCUGAGAGAUGAUUUUUGCUCAUUUAAACAGGGCCCUGAUUAAAUGUCUCAUCCAAAUAACAGCACCUGACUAUGUACUGUUUAGCCAGCACUCCAGCUUCUGUAUCAGGCGGAAUUUAUGUACUCAAAUCUUGACUGGGGAAGGAGGGGGUGUGCUUCAACCCAUGAACAUCUGAUCUGGUGCGGAGUGCAACCAACUGAGCCAAACUGAUUUUUUUUUUAAUUAAGGGAAUUUUGGAAAAUUUUGUUUUUGUUGAACUAAGUCCCUUUUGAUGUAAUUUUCUGGCACUUGAUUGAAAUUAUGGCUUUUUUUUUCAAUUUUAGUAAAGCAGAGUAUUUAAUGUUCUUUGACUUUGUGUGAACUGUUGUGAUCCUCACCUCUUUAAACUGAGGUUCAAUUGUUUUGUCUGUGUCUGUACAGCAACCUUUCUUUUGGCCAGGUUCAGAAAUCCCAGUAAUGUAAUCUGUUAAUGGCUUUUGAAAGUUCCAUUUCUGAAAAACUGCUUUGUCUUAUAUUCCAAUGUCGGACUGCUCAGAAAAUCUUACUAAAUUAGGUGACAGACACAUCAUUAUUGUUAGUACCUAUAAGAGAUGAGUUCCUGCCUGUGGGUUUCAGAUACAAAACUGUACUGUAUGAAGUAUGUGAGUUUGUUUACAUUUCCUCUGUUUUCUUCAUGUGGUUGCUGACUUUGCAACCUGCCACCUCGAGCCUUAAUUUUCUUAAUUGAACUCCUUUUUACUUCCCCAAGUAACUCCAACAUACCAGUUGGAUAAGUUUUGAUUGAUAAUUUUUUUCUUGCUUUGAUAGGUUUCUUAAUCUGUUUAAAAUGACACCUAUACAUGCUACAAAUGCAAAACUUAUGAUUUUUUUUUUAAGUAACAUGGUACAUCCUGAUUGGAUGUCUUUAAUUCUUGACACAUGCCCAUUUCUUUGAGCAGGUUAGUGUUGAAUUUGCUUGAAAUAUUUUGUUGAAAUUGUGGUCUUCACAUUUCAUGUGACAUGCAACUUUCAAAAUUGCAUUUAGUUCCUGCCAAAAUCAUUUUGUAAAAUACAUUUGCAACACGAGUUGGUUAAUUUUCAUUUGAUUACUAGAAUUGAUUAAAAUAAUGUUUUGCCUAAAAUUAAAUGAAAUGUAAAGGUGGAUUAGCAGGCCUGAAUUUUAUGCCUGGUUGAAAGUGAGGUUACUGGAAACCUAAGAAAUGAUUUGAACGAAAUUUAAGAUAAUGAUAAAUGGUUUCUGAUUCACUGAUGUUGGGAACAUAGCAAGAGUGUUGUUACACUGAGAAUUUAUCAAUCCUGAAACAGAAGGGGGGGGAAUUCAGUUCACAGUCACAUUCCUAACCACUGCCAAUAUACCCCAAUGCAGAUAUUUGACAUGUAAAAAGAAUGAGGGUAGACUCAUUGUAUUAAGUAAUCUUUUAAUAGUUUCUGACAAUGCUCACCACGUUAAAACAUGGCUGUUUGAAUGAGAUAUAGGAUGAGUGAACACAACUUUUACUUCAGCAAGAGGCAGUUUAUUAGGGAUUGAUUGGGAGGGAUUUUUAUUUCCCAUUUUGUAGAUAAUAAACACUUCAAGGAACUGACCCGAUAUGAAACACUUCAAAAACGUAAUAUCAAAGAGUAAGGAACUGGUUUGGUGUUGAUUUAUCCAAUGACUGUCAGCAGUGUUAAACAAAUCAUGUUGAAAAGUGCAGGAAUGCAGUUGAGAUCUAAUCCUAAUUAUUGCAAAAAGUUGAGCUGCUAGAUUUAGACAUGCUGUGAUAGUUUUAAUUAUCAGUCAUUUUGAGAAAGAAACCGACCAUAAUUUUAAAACCAUUGUUCUAUAUCUUUAGCUAAUGACUUUUAUUUCUUUAUUUUGAAUAUCUUAAAAAACUUAAGACCUGAAUUGAUGCACAGGUAUUUAUGUCAGUAUUUUUUAAAUGAAUUUUUGUCCCCAAAAGUCUUACUCGCUGGACCAAUAGAGAUGCAACAUUAUUGGACUGUGCACAACCAUGAUUUCAAUCCAUUGAUUGUCUUAGACUAAUUGGAUCCAAAGAAAAUGACACAGUUGCUGACUUUGACAUAAUUGUUAAUUUUUAUUAUAAAAGUUCAAUAGCUAUUCUGUACUGCCGUCUAACUAAUUGGACAGUGAGGUAAGGUUAGGCAGAUUUGGGCCUUGAACUGUUGGAGUUUUGAAGAAUGAAAGGUAAUCUUAUGGAAACACACAAAGUACUGAUGGAAUUUGACAGGGUAUAUGCUGAAAGGAUAUCAGAAAGCAGGAAGAUUUUCCCUUUGUUGGAGAGACAAGAAAACUCAGUUUAAAAAGGGAUCUUCCAUUUAAAAUAGAAAUUGGGAUGACUUUUCUUCUGAGGGACAUGAAUCUUUGGGGCACUCUUCCCUUGAAUAAUGGAGGCAUAAUCAUUGAACUUGUAAAAUUGAGAUAAAAAGGGAGUGGUUAGUCAUCCAGAGUAGAUUGAAAUAUGAAGUUUAUGCCUCAAUCAAAUCAGCUAUGAUCUUAUUGGAUGAUUGAGCAGGCUGGUAGGACUGAAUUGCCUUCCUUGCUGUCUCAGAAGUGGCCACCUCUCUGUGGCACUGUGGAAACUUCUACAUUGCCAACUGUCUGACUUAGACUGGCAAUGUGGAUUACCUGGCCACUACCUUAAUUAAGCGCAGAUUAGGUAGCAGCUCAUUAAGAGGCCUCUUCAAGGGAAACUGCCACUAUGAUAUCACUGCCCAUCUGUUCAGGCUCAGGACCCGCUUAUGGUCCCAGCUUCAGGACUCACCCCUUUCCAAGAAAAUAGACCUGUGUAUUUAAUCCUAAAAUAGCUGAAGCGGUUAUUUGUUUCAAAUUAAUGCUGUUAUUUCUGGUUAGUGAUUUAUCUUUGGAUGUUACUCUUUGUAUAAUAUAAAACUGUGAUUAAUUUCUUUUUUUAAAAAAAGCAAGGUUACUGGACCAUAUUGAACAGAAAUUUCCGGUUUAAUCCCUUUAUUUUUUGCUGGCAUGACAGUAAUGGCAGUCAGUGUUCUAUGAAUCAAAGAGCGAGUUAUCAGUGGAUUUUUUUUUACUCCUUAGUGCUAUUCCUAUUGGACAAUAUUGAGCAAGAACAGGGUCUAGCUGGUCAUUGAUACAAUGUAGUCUUUUUUUUGCCUCUUCUGCUAAAUAUAGAAUGGCAAAUUAAUUAAGGCAGUAGAGGAACUUUCAUCCUAAUUGAUAUAAUUGCGAAGGGAAGAAAAAUUAAGAGGAUAAUUUUUCGGUACUUUAAUAUCCUUUACGCGCCUUCUUUAUUUUUGCACAAACAGUUAGUCCAUAUCGAGAAUCUGUCAUCCGCAAUGUUUUUUGUACGUUAGGUACUAUUAACCCAAUCAAAAUAAUGCACUGAUUUAUAUGUGUACUACUCAGUUCUCAGCCUGAGUAUUGAUCAUGGAAAAUUUUCAUCUUCUGAAAUUCUGAAAUUCUUCUGUCCUUUGUGUGGUCAGAUAUCAAAAUGGUGCUCAUCACCUUCUAUUAUGGUAAAAACUGUUCUGAAAUUCAUGAUUUAGGUGGAGUUUUUUUUUUAAGUUCCAUUGUAUAAGGAAAGAUACUGUGGCAAUAGGAGGAUAUGAUUUCUGUAAAUCCUCCCUAAACCUGUAGUGUUUGAAGAUAGCACUCUAAAAUAACUUGAACAGAAUGCCGCUCACUUUUAUAUUUAAGUAUCAAUUAAAGCUGAAGCUUUGUCCUUGUUGAGAAAAUUUCAGUAGAGGAUUUUAAAAAUGUUUGAUAUUUGUUUCUGACUCUUUGAAGGUCUCUUGGAAAAAUCUAAAAAACAUCCUUUAAGAAGCCUCUUACUUAUGCAGUUGGUUAUUUAAUAGUAUUUUUUUCCAUUUACUUCAUGAUAGAUGUUUGGUUUCAAGUGUGUUUUUGCAACAAUUGAAUUGAGCUCUUCUCUGAAAGGAUUUUGCAUGGAAAUAAAGUGAGGGCUUGGACACCUCAAGGUGUGUAGUAAGUUCUUGUGGUUCUGUCCCAGCAGUAGUAAACUGUUACAUAUAUUGUUAAUGUCAUUACUCUUGGAAUGUAUAAUGUUUUAACUAUCUGGUUUGUAGUUGCUAUAAAUUGUGUACAUAUUUACAAUCAUUAUAUCCUGGCUAUUACCAUUAUUAUAAUGCCUUUGGGUAAUUGUCUUCAUUCCAUUUUUGUAAAUAUGAUACAUGUAUUCAUAAUUCAAUUUCAUAUCUUGAAUAAACUAUAUCCAAAGUCA